AUGAAGCUGGCAGGUCCUGAAGGAAGCUAUGCAUUGCAUGGUGGACAGCAGCAACAGCUGUUAGCGACUCCCACGCCGCAGAAGAGCCCGCGCUCGCUGUUCCGUGUGGCAACCUUGUCUUCGGGCUGGUCAAGCCAGUCUAAGCCACAGGGGUCAGCACACGUGUCCACGGGCAUCUCCGGGGCUAGCAGCUUUCGACAGGGUUGCCUGCGAUCGCACUUCCUCUCGGAAGAUUACAAUGACGGCAAAGACAUGAGCACUGCUGACACGCAGUACAACCUUGAGGUACAAGCCCAGAUCCCCCUCUACAAACACCUUCGAACAGGAAUUCUGGUGUGGCGGCGUGCUCUGGAGAUCGCCUCCUCCCGUUACAGAGUCGACGAAGUCGUGCUUUUGUUUCACUAUACCACAAAAGGAAAUUUCUACGCCAUCUGCAACGCUGCUUUUGUGACUCCAGAGCUUUGGUCCGCGCUGAAGGCUGCGGAUGGUGGUGUUCACGCAAUUGCGAAAGAACCGGACCAGCUGGGAAAGAAGCAGAUGGUGCAG